AUGACCAGACAGAACAGAGAGAUGACUGGUUGUGAGAAGGGAAGGCUUAAGAAACAGAUGAUGUCCAUGAAGGAGGUGGGCGAUGGCUUGCAGGAUCAGAUGAACUGCAUGAUGGGUGCCCUGCAAGAGCUGAAGCUCCUUCAGGUACAGACAGCACUGGAACAGCUGGACAUCUCCGGAGGGCGUCUGGAGAGCGCCCCACAGACACCACCCGAGCACCCUGCGUGGGAGGCUGGCAGAGCUCCUGCCAGACCCGAGGCCGGCUUCCCCUCCAGCCAGGCUUCUCUUGGCAGCAGCACCAAGUUCCUACCCAGUGCCAGUGUCUGUGGGAACAGCGCAGCACCCCUGCCCAAGAGGCAGCCACCGGAUCACCAGAGCUGUGGCCGGCAGGGGUCAGAGCAGCUGGAGCCUGAUGAUUGGACUUCCACCCUGAUGUCGCGGGGCCGCAAUCGCCAGCCUCUCGUGUUAGGGGACAAUGUUUUUGCAGACCUGGUGGGCAACUGGCUAGACUUGCCGGAAUUGGAGAAGUCUGGGGAGAAGGGCGAGACUCAGGAGGUGGGGGAACCCAGAGGAGACAAAAGCCAGCCCCGGGAACUGGGCCGCAAGUUUGCCCUCACUGCCAACAUCUUCCGGAAGUUCUUGCGCAGCGUGCGGCCGGACCGUGACCGGCUGCUGAAGGAGAAGCCGGGCUGGGUGACGCCUACAGCUGCCCGUUCCCAGAAGCUCAAGAAGCGGAGCCAUGCCAAGGGCUCCGGACACUGCUCCUUCCCAGGCUCCGGGGAGCCUGGAGGAGGGGACAGCACUUCCACAGCUUGCCCCAAAACCCUGGAAGCCUCGCCCUCAGGCUUUGAUAUUAACACGGCUGUCUGGGUCUGAA